AUGAAGAAAGAGAAAGAUCUUGUAAAGAAAGACGUAUCUUUAACGAACAGAACUUCACGAUUUCUAUUCGACUCCUUCUUUGGUUUGGAGGUGCCACUUUUGGAGGAACAAAGCGUUGAAGAAGAUGACGAUGACUCCCAAGUCAAGAAUUGUUCCUGUGAGUGCGGCAAAGCGAACCCACUUCCUAGAAAGAUUGAAUGCAGUGGGCCGAACCAGGAAAAUCGUAUAGUAGGUGGUGUUGCGGCUGGUCUUAACCGGUAUCCUUGGAUGGCGAGGCUAGUCUAUGAUGGCCAAUUCCACUGUGGGGCGUCUUUGCUGACGAAGGAGUAUGUUUUGACAGCGGCACAUUGUGUUAGAAAAUUGAAACGAUCUAAAAUUCGAGUGAUCUUGGGCGACCAUGAUCAAACGAUAACAUCAGAGAGCGCCGCAAUCAUGCGAGCAGUCACCGCCAUCGUCAGACACCGUAGCUUUGACGCCGAGUCUUACAAUAAUGACAUAGCUUUACUAAAGUUACGGAAACCUGUCACCUUUUCCAAAAUCAUCAAGCCCGUCUGUCUGCCUCCAGCAAGCGUAGAUCCAUCAGGCAAGGAAGGUAUCGUUGUUGGUUGGGGUCGUACGUCCGAGGGUGGUCAAUUGCCUGCAAUAGUUCAAGAAGUUCGAGUACCCAUUUUGUCUCUCACACAGUGUCGAGGUAUGAAGUAUCGCGCCUCCAGAAUCACUAAUAACAUGAUUUGUGCGGGUCGAGCAUCAACGGACUCAUGUCAAGGUGACAGCGGCGGACCUUUGUUGUUACAGCAAGGUGAUAGAUUUCAAAUCGUGGGUAUAGUAUCAUGGGGCGUUGGGUGUGGAAGACCGGGUUAUCCCGGCGUGUACACUCGGAUAACACGCUACUUGCCCUGGUUGAGAGCAAACUUGCGAGACACUUGUCUUUGUGGAAACUAAGUUAUUUUUCAUUAACUACAAAAAAA